UCCCCGAUGCAGCAGCGACCAUGACAGGCAUCGCCGCUGCUUCUUUCUUCUCCAACGCGUGCAGGUUCGGCAGCUGCGGACUCCACUUCGACUCCCUGGCCGAGCUCAUCUUGCACAUCGAGGAUAACCACAUCGACACGGACCCCCGCCUUCUGGAGAAGCAGGAGCAGCAGCAGCCCACCUACGUGGCCCUCAGCUACAUCAACAGGUUCAUGACGGAGGCUGCAAGGCGAGAGCACGAAGCCCUGAAGAAGAAGCAGCAGCAGCAGCCCAAGCUGUGUCUGUCGUUGACGGCGAGCCUUUGCCGCAGCAGCGGGAACCUCACCCCUCCCGUCACGCCGCCCAUCACCCCCUCCUCGUCCUUUCGCAGCAGCACGCCCACGGGCAGCGAGUGCGACGAAGAGGACGUGGACUUCGAGGGGUCCGACAGCGACGAUUCGUGGACCACGGAGAGCGCCAUCAGCUCCCAGUCCAUCCUCAGCUCCAUGUGCAUGAACGGCGGCGACGAGAAGCCCUUCGCCUGCCCCGUCCCGGGAUGCAAAAAGAGAUACAAGAACGUCAACGGGAUCAAGUACCACGCCAAGAACGGCCACCGCACGCAGAUCCGAGUGCGCAAACCCUUCAAGUGCCGCUGCGGGAAAAGCUACAAGACGUCUCAGAGCCUCCGGCAUCACACCGUCAACUUCCACCCGCUCGUCGCCGCCGUCGACGACGACAGCAACGUCGUCCACCGCAAGACGCAGCCGUAGCGUUGUCGCCGCUCGUCCGUCACCGUCGCUCACCGCGCGCUACGACGUUAGCUUAUUAUUAGUAUUUUUUUUUGCGGGCUUUCAUGUGGGUUAUUGCUCACUAUGGAUUUUAUUAUGAAUGUUUCAUCGUGGCCGUCAUUUUGGAAUUUGCACAUUGAAGCUACGAUUUUGAAUUAUUGUUUUUUUUUUUUUAGGGUGCUUGUUGGUUUACUUUGCGUUGUACUUUUCGUGCGACAAUGUGCCAAAGUGAGACCCGCGGCGGUUAGCGCGCCCGCCUCACAGUUCAGAGGUCCUGGGUUCAAGUCCAGGGGCGUCCUUGCGCCCCUGGGUCUUCUCCGGGUACUCCGGUUUCCUCCUACAUUCCAAAAACGUGCGUGUUAGGUUAAUUGAAGUUUUGAAAUUGCAGUUGACUGGUCAUCCACUCUAUACUAAAAUCAAAAAAUUCCAAAAUUUUUAUUAUUUAUGACUUCAUUUUUUUUGCGGGGGGGGGGGGGGGGGUCUGAGCAAGGAAAUGUUACAUAGUUCAACAAGAAGGAAGUCCAUCCAUUUCCUGGACUAGUUUUCCCUCAAUUGAAUCACAAGUGAGAUGGAGGCUAAGUCAGCUGACUUGAAGCACGAGGCGGCGUGCACCCUGGACUGGUUCUCUGCCUUCUCGUGUUUUUUUUUUUUUUUUUUUUCUUGGACAAUCUCGAUUUUCUUCAUGGCCCUGCUUCCAAUUGACAGCAGGUCAUGAUAAUAUUUUAAUUUUUUUUUUUUUUUUAAUUCUCCCAGUGCCAAUGCGCGACCACUCACGGGUGAACUCAGGUGACGUUUGCAAACAUUUCAGCAACUCCUCCCCGACGUGUCUUCUACCAGCGUUUAAGCUCUCCUCGCGAUUAGCUUCAAUCCCCCCCCCCCAAUGCGGUUUUUCAAAGCACUUUUUAUUAUAAUUUUUUUUUCCCGGUAACACGUUGCCAACAAACGAGCAUUUGUGCCAAGCUCACGUUCCUCGCGUCUCUGUAACUAUUUCUUGGACGUGGCGAGUGGCAGCAGAAUUCCAGUGUUUUUCCCGCCAAGCAUUCCGACUCGGGACGGAGGAGGCGCACGAGACCGUUCGAGCACGUCUUUGUUACGUUCUGUACUAGUACACUUUUUGUCCUCACUGGUGAGACAAUGCAGCACACUAAUAGAAUGACUGUCUUCUGUCUUACCGGGAAUGCUUUUUUUUUUUACUACAAUUGCCACGCUUAGCCUACAAGUGUGUAUUUAAAAUUUACUGGCAGUUACUUCAGUAGCACUACUAGAGUCUGACCAAUAGGAUUAUUAUUAUAUAUAUAUAUAUAUAUUUUUUUUUUUUUUAGGCCAAAUGUAAUUUUGCUAACCCAUUAAUUGGAGGAUGAUGUCACUUUUUCGGGGUCCUGUACAAUGCUUACCAUAAAUAUUUGAAUUACAAGUGGAGCAUUUAAGUGUUUUACAAUACAGUGUCCUUUAGUAUUUGUUUAACUUUACAACAGAGACAAAAAUCAGUAGUUCACUCAUCAAGUAUAUUGAUAAAAAUUCUCAAAAGGUGUUUCCAUGUAGCUCCUUAAAGGGGAAAUCCACUGGUUUCCAUUAACAAUGUAUCCAAUAGGUCAUGUAAUAUGUACCCCAAUAUUAACAAUGUGAUGUUAAAUCCUCUCUCAUUUAAUAGCGUUUUGAGAAGAUUGUUAUCGACAAUAAAGAAUUUUCAGGGGUGCUGACAUUUUCGCAAGUAACCUGACCUAUGUGCGCGGAUGUGACACGUACCGUGCCGCAACAAAGGCUCGAUUACAUGGGACACCAUUUAUGCCUCGCGCUGAUUUCUCGGAUGGAUCCUCAUCUGGUGAAGUAUCGGUUGAUCGGGAAGACGGAGGAAUACUUCCGUACACGGCCGUGAGCGACUCUCCGCCGCUCGGUUGAUCGGGAAGACGGUGCCGCUCACGGCUGUGUACGGACGUAUUCCUGCGUCUUCCCGGUCAACCAAUGCCGCCACUUCUUCAUCAAAUGAGGAUUAAAUCUGAGAAACCAGCGCCGGGCACAAUGUAAUCGAGCCUUUGGCGCGGCACGGAACGCGUCACAUCCGCGCACGUAGGUCACGUGACUCGAGAAAAUGGCAGCGCCCCUGAAAAUUCGUAAUUGGCGAUUUUAAAAAAUCUCAUCAAAACACUAUUAAAUGAGAGAGGAUUUGUUAAUACUGGGGUACAUAUUACAUGACCUAUUGGAUACAUUGUUAUUCCAAGCCACCGGAAUUUCCCUUUAAGGUCCAUGUGCAGUAG